CGGCGUGGCGGCAACAUGGUGAACACCAGGCGGGCGGCGGCGGCGCGGCGCCGGGAGCAGGGGGCGCGGGCCCGGGCGGGCGGCAGCCCCUCGGAGCCCGGGCCCGAUCCCCCCGGUGCGGCGGAGGUGGGAUCUGCUGAAAUUAGUACUCCUGUUACUAGGAGGAUGACUAAAAGAAGAACUAAAUCAGUUCAUAAGCCAGAGGUGAUUCAGGAAUCUCAGUUUGAAGAGUUGGAACAUGCAGAAACAAAGUCAGAUGUCAGUGAUAGCUUUGAGAUGCAGGUUACUAGGAAUGAGAACACAAUUGUUCAUUCAGCACAAUCAGUUGUGGAACCCCAAGUUGAUGGGGAUGUGUCAGAAACAGAAUCAAACUGCUCUUCUGUAUCUGGUCUCCAGACACCUUUGUUUGUAAGAGUAACACGAAGACGACAAAUUGUAAUUCCUUAUCAACCAGAUUCUGCUGACAAAAGAAGACAUGACAGUACAGCUUUUGUAAAUAAGUUAAGCAGGAUUCUGGAUGAAGAUAAUACCUCUGAAGCUGAGUCUUGUUCCUCUGCUGUUUCUGGUGUCCAGAUGCCUAAUGUUACCAGAACUACAAGAAGCAGGCAAAGCAAAAAGAAAUUACAGCCAAAUAGAGUUUGUGAAGCUCAGAGUGAAGAUACUUCUGAUACAGAAUCAUGUUGCCUAAGUUCUCAUACAGAACCAUCCAUCACUAGCAAACGAGUUACUAGGAGCAUGCAAAUGAAAUCACAAGCAAAAAUUACUAAGCAGAGUGGGGAAGAAGAUGGAUUUGCUUCAGAAGAUGAGAAUUUAAUUGAGGACACUGUUAAAUCUGAGCCCAUAAUAAUUUCUGAUUCUAGACCUGCAGAACUUAUCUCUGACACAGAAGAUGCUUCCACUGUCAUUAAGGGUAAUAAAGAACCCACGUCACCUAAAAGCAAGCAUUCUUCCAAAUCUGCUAAUACAACCCAGAGUUCAGAUGCAAAAGAAGAUGUUUUAAAUGAUGUGACACCCUGCAGUCUUACAAAAAUGAAACAAAUUGACAUUAAAUCACCUGCGAAAAAAGCAGUAAAAAACUCGCAGUCUAUUGACGUUGAGCAUUCAGAAGCAGCAUGUGGCCAAAUACAGGAAGAUCAGAGUAAAAUACUCGAGAGGGAAGGGAAUCUAGAACAAAUGGAUAUUUCUUUGACUGAGUGCACGAGUGUCAAGCAAUUUCUAGAAUCCCAAGAGCAAAUAACACCAAAUGAAAGUAAAAAAAUUUCAGAAUGCAAAAGAGCAGAUGCUGAGGCAGAUGCACAGCAGUCUUGCACACAUUCUGAUAAAUCAAGGAGUAAGCGAACUAGUGCAGCGAGCAGUCUGCCAAAGGACAUAGCUGUUGCUCAGAGAACUGAUAGCAUCGAUAAAAGCAGGGUGCUUGACAGUGGUGAAGACCAAACAAAAGAAUAUGAGGGGUUCCACAGCACUGAAGGAUCAAGCAGUGGUAAUGAUUCUGUUGCAUUGUUUCUGAGCAACAGUGAAAGUGAUGAAUCUGAAAAGAGUGAUGUGGCAGACACAGAUACAAUUGAUGAGAAUCUGUGUUAUAAAAAGUCAGAUGAGAGGACUCCUUCCCUCAACAAAUCUUUAAAAAAGAGUUCACUGCAUGUUGAAGGUCUUUUUGUAAUUGAUACUGAGCCUGGCAUGAGUUCCAGCCAAAAGUAUUAUCUAGAUGAGGUAGACCAAGACAGUGAUGCUGAAAGUAAACAUGAAGGAAAUGAAAAAGGUGAAGAAUCAGAUUUGGAAGAGGCUGAAGAAGAAUUGAUAGAUGAAGAUGAAAAAGAUGAAGAUGAUGAUUUAUUGAAAAAUAAGACUGAUGUUUUACAUCUUUCCAGCAGCAUAGACCCUGGUUUGAAUAUCAAGAAGCUUGGAGGUUUAUAUAUUAGUUUUGAUGCAAAAAAGCAGAAGCCUAGAUCGAGUGUAAUUGAACAUCUGAAGGAGAAGAAGAAAGAUCAGCUCUUGCAGAAGAGUGUAAUAACUCCAGACUUUGAAAAAAAGGAAUGUGUCCCACCCUUCAGGGAAUCACUUCACCAGCUAAAGAAACAACGCAGGGCAGAGCGAGAGAAAACAACAGGUGAUGGCUGGUUUGGUAUGAAAGCCCCAGAAAUCACAAGUGAACUGAAAAAUGAUCUUAAAGUUUUGAAGAUGAGAGCUUCACUGGACCCCAAGCAUUUUUAUAAGAAGAAUGAUAGAGAUGGUCUGCCCAAGUACUUCCAGGUUGGAACUGUAGUUGAUUCUCCCAUAGACUUUUACCAUAGUCGAAUCCCUAAGAAACAAAGGAAGAGAACAAUUGUUGAAGAGCUGCUUGCGGAUUCUGAGUUCAGAAGAUAUAAUAAAAAGAAGUAUCAGGAGAUCAUGAGUGAAAAAGCAGCUUUUGCAGCAGGGAAGAGGAAUCGGAAGAAGAAGAAAUUUCACAAUUAAGAAUUGAAGAAAAAUACCAAGCUGGAACAACUUAUAAAACUUUUUACAGAAUGCUUUGGUUGUGGUGUUUUUUUCCUUUCUUAAGAUUGCAGGUCAUGUGCAAAUUGAGGUUUAGGGAAAUUCUUGCAGUGAGAAUUUGGUAGGGAGGUUUAUCAAAUUAUCGGAUAUCUAAAUAUAAAUUAAUUUAGGUUUUAAAAUUAAUUCUAUUUAAAUUAAUGUUUAUGUAAAACGAUAUUUAUAGGAAAGCAUAUUGUUAUAUCUGAGUAAAAAAUCCAGCUUCGCAGAUUGUGGUCUUCUCAGGCUUCAGUCUUUAUAUAAUUAAUUAGUAAAUUCAGUUUAAAGUUAUAUGUGUAAUUCACCUUGGCACAUGCUGUGUGCCAGAACAAAUUUUUCCAUGUCUCGUCAAAGGCGCUGCUGGCCAACAUUGUAAUAGAAGGUACUGAAAAAUAGUUUGGUUGUGAAUGGUUUAUUUCAAUACUGACCAUAAUAGGAUUGAGAAUGACCCAGAAUUCAGUGCCUACACGUAUACUUUUAUAUUUAAGUGUGUAUUAUAAUAUAGAUUAUAUAUAUAAUUUAUAAAUAAAUUUAAAUAAGAUGCAAAUUACCUAUUGUUUAAGAAAUAAUAUAAAUAAGUGAUAUUUAUAUAUAAAAUUUUAACAGUCAUAUGUUGUUUUAUUACUUUUUACCAUUUGAUACUUGUCUAAUCUUUUUGAAAAUAAGUUGACAUUGGCAUCCCUUACGUAGGGUGUGGUGUGCAGGUUGUGGCUGGUAGCUGCCCUGGCAUAGUUCUGCAGGUAAAGGAAUAGAGUGAGUCUGCAAGGCCUCUGCUACCAUUAUGGAGCCAGAGAUGUCAUGGGCUCAGUUCCCCUUUAGUGCCAAGUCAUAGCCUUUUGUGAUUGUCAGAACUGUUGUGGCAUUCAGUCGAGUUUUAAUUACCUGGUUAUUUUAUUGCUGUUACAUUUAGUGUAACUCAGUUACUCCCCUAAGGUAGCAAAAAGGAUGGAUAAUAGAAGAAAUAAAACUGGCACUACGUUGUCUUAAGUGGAUUCGGUGACAAGGAUUUAGAAGUGAUUAUCAGAGGACCAGUGGUGUUGAUUGUCUUCUUAUCACAUGAACACUGAAUUUUAAAGGUUGCAGAUCUUAAGCAAGAAGUGCUUAAUUAUGCUUUUGACCAAUGUUUAACCAUCAAGUUUUCUACUGAGAACGAGAGAGUUGUUUUUUUAAGGAUUAGUUAUUUGUGCUGAAAUGAGCAUAGUGAUAUAUAUUGACCACCAAGUGAAGCUUGAAAGAAAUUUUCCCCUGAUCCUUUGGUGUGUUUUAUAUCAUUCCAAAGUUGAACGUAAUGUUUGACUACCAGAAACAGACAAGAAUCAAGAGUCCUUAAAAAGUCUUCACUGGCUGGAGAUGAACAGUGUCAAAGUAAAGUGAAUUCAUUGGGAAGUAUCAAGCAUGUACAAAUAAAACCACCUGUCCCCAGGUCUUAGUUAACAUACAGAUGCUAUUCUAAUGCAGCUAUAUGUAUCCUAGUAUCUUGAUUCCCUGUAAAUGAUAAAAAGCCAGUAAAACAAC